AUGAUUUUGUCACCGGCAGAGAGGGCAUACCUCUUCGACUCAUUGGCGAUGGCGCCUCCUGUUCGUCCAGACGGCAGGAAAGCUUUCCAAUUUAGACCUUUAGAGGCAAAGACCGCAUUUCUACCGAGCUCCAACGGUUCUGCAAGAAUCAGAAUGGCAGAUGGAUCCGAGUGCAUUGUUAGUGUGAAGGCCAAGGUGGUUUUGAUCGCUAAAGAGCCAAAUUUAAUAGAAUGUGACGUUGACAUAGCCGGUUUCCGUGACGACUCCAACUUUGUGCUGAACUUGAAGUUCAAUAUGACGAAUCUCUUCGAGAAGAACUUCCCAGUCAAGAACUUGCAUCUCACGUCAAAAUACAGUUACAAACUUUUCAUCGAUUGCAUUGUCAUUUCACAUCAGUCCUACCCAUUGACAUUGAUCAGCAUGGCUUCCUACUUGGCGCUCAGCUCUACCAGAUUGCCUCUCUUGGUUUCCGAGACAGACGAUGCUGAGAUUGAGGAGCAACCGACAUUUUCUGACGACUGGGAAAACUCGCAGUUUCUUUCCGAGGUUUUCAAGAUAGAGAAGUUCCAGCCACCUUUGUUCCUCACCUUCGGUGUUGCUGGCGAAAAUGUUGUUAUAGAACCCUCUGUGGAGGAAGAGCAGGUUCUCGAAAGCGGUAUUCUUGUGGGCUGGUAUAACAACAAGGUCAUUUCUCCGAUUACAAACAUCAAUUUGGCCACGAAUUCCAAUAACCUGAACUUGAAGGGGAUCCAGCCAGCCCUUCUUCUCAAGGCGGUCAGUUUAGCGAAGAAGUUCAGCUCACAAGUUGUCGCUGCUCUUGAUGCUGUGGUCGAAGAGGAUCUACAAGAUCAGGACGGCGCAAUUUUCUAA